AUGCUACACUCGCAGAAGGCAAAGGCUCUAGCAGCAUGUCAGGCUUUAUCAGCGGCCCUCCCAGGCCAGGUAUAUUUCCCGGACAGCCAAGACUGGCAUACCGCCUCAACAGGGAUUUGGUCCAAGACGUGCGUUCUCGCUCCGCAAUGCGUCUUCGAGCCUAAUACCACGCUGGACUUGAGCAAUGGCGUAAAAUUAAUCAAAGAGCACGAGUCUCUAUUCGCCGUGCGCAGCGGCGGACACAUGGCUGUCCCGGGUGCGCAAUCCGUGAACGAAGGCAUCAUGAUUUCCAUGUCCAAGUUCCACACGAAGUCCCUUAAUCAAGACAAAUCCAUCGCCUCCAUCGGGCCAGGACAGCUCUGGCUCGACGUGUAUACCUGGCUCGCUGAGCACGGGCUCGCCGUCAACGGCGGUAGAUACCCCAUGGUCGGCGUCGGCGGCGUGUUGCUCGGAGGGGGCAUGGGGUAUUUCGCGGGCCAGCGGGGAUGGUCUGUUGAUGACAUCGUCGGAUGGGAGGUUGUGCUUGCUGAUGGGUUGAUUGUUGAAGUCACCACGUCUUCUGAAGACGCUUAUUCAGAUCUGGCGUGGGCUUUGCGCGGUGGGCAUAAUUACUUUGGUAUUGUGACGCGUUUCGACAUGCGCACGUUUCCUGCUGGCUCGGCGUACGGAGGGUUAGUUGUAUACAGCGCGGCAGCUGAGGAAUCGUUUUUCGCAGCGCUGGAUGCGUAUAUGGCUCCUGGUGGUGGCUCUGAAGAUCCGAAGUCGGCUAUCAAUCCCGUAUCUACGAUGCGACUUGUCAAUGGGGAGUGGGAGCUGGGAUUCCUGAAUGUCUAUAUGUACGCCGACAGCGACGCAGAACCAGUUGCACUGCAGAAUUUCACGAACAUCUCAGCCGAGUAUGCCGUUUUCAGCAGUGCAGACUUGCAUGACAGCUGGAUCGGUGUUCCAAGAUCGUUAGCAUCCAUGGCGACGAGGGAGGAUCGAACGCUGUUUUGGGCUAUUACUUUCAAGGCAGAUCGGAGAGCCAUUGACAUAGUAUCACAAUUAUUCUAUCGUGGUGCCCUCAACGAGUUAAACCAUGUCGAAGGUCUAUCCCUGACGAUUUCCUUUCAGCCGCUGACGGUGCCUUACCUGACUGCCUCAAAGAUGAAAGGGGGAAAUCUGAUGGGACUGGAUCCUGAUAAAGAUAGCGGACAUUUCGCUGGUAUUCUCUUUCCUACUUGGAAUUUUGAAAGAGACGAUGAAGCUGUCUAUGACUUCACGCGCAAGGCUGCCAUCGCCAUAGAAGAGAAACUCAGGAAACUUGACCUCUUCCACCCCUAUAUCUAUAUCAACGACGCAGCCAAGGGACAGAAGCCCUUUUCAAGCUAUGCAGGUGGUGCGCACCUAGCUAGACUCCAAACGAUCCAGACCAAGUACGAUCCCGACGGAUUCAUCAGAGAUUAUCUACAACACGGCUUCGAACUGGCAUCUCCAGGCUCUUCUAGAUCCCAUGGCGAGUUAUGAUACGUUGACCAAGAGUUAAUCCUACACCACUUGGGAAGGAGAAGUCAAAUGGCAGGGCGUUCUUGAUUUGCAGUUUAAUACCGGCAGCGAUAAUCUUGCCAAUUGUACGCAUG